CGGAGUGCUGCGUUAAGCGGAGGGAUUGCCGCUCGCGCUUCUCGCUAGUCAACAACCGUCAAAUGACACACUUUUGAACUAUUGCAUGAUUGUUGGACUCAGUCCUCCAAGACGGAGAUCGGCGCAGUUUGUCUGGUUUGACAAAUGUGACUUUCAGAACGAAACGAUUUUUAAAAGGGUGACUAAGUCAGUCAAACGUAGUACUGGUAGCCGAGUUAGCUAACGAAUUAGCUUGAAACAUGCCGAAUUUUUGCGCGGCCCCAAACUGCACACGGAAGAGCACACAGUCGGAUUUGGCUUUUUUUCGCUUUCCAAGAGACCCUGGAAGAUGUCGAAUUUGGGUAGAAAACUGUCGCAGAGCGGAUUUGGAGGCCAAAACGGCCGAUCAGUUAAACAAACAUUACCGAUUGUGUGCCAAACAUUUCGACCCGGCCCUGGUGUACAAAACAAGCCCUUACAGGACGGUGCUGAAGGAUACGGCCAUUCCCACCAUCUUCGAUCUGACCAGCCACUUGACCAAUCCUCGCGUCAAACACCGCAAGCAGAUCAAAGAACUUACGGAGGAGGACCUAAGAAGAAUCAAGGAACGAAGAUUGGCAUCAUCUGCUGAAAAGUCCCAAAAAGACGCGGCCGCCGAAGAGCCGAUCCCAGAUGAACCGCAGAUGUCUGCAGAGGAGAAGCAGCUGCGUGAUUACCUGCGCUCCCUGUUUGAAGUGAUCCUGAUGCUGGCCAAACAGUGCAUCCCCUUGGAGACCUUCAAAGGCCUGGACGGCGACGACGCGCCCAACAACUUCCAGGCGCUGUUGGAGUAUCGCAUGCACGCCGGCGACGAGGCCCUGAGGAAGCGCUUCGAAGCCACGGCUGUGAACAGCGAGUUCCUCACCUCGGCGCAGCUCUGCCAACUGCUGGAUGUGUGCGAGAACACGGUGCGAGAAGAGGUGUUGAUGGAGGCCAGGGAGGGACGUUUCUUCUCGCUGGUCACCGACGACUUGGUGGACUUUGGCGGCGACAAGCACCUGCCGCUCUUCCUUCGCUUCGUCAACCAGCACAACGUCCUGCGCGAAGAGUUUUUGGACUUUGUGCCGUUCGACGGCGACGAGCAGGCGCUGGUGGAGCGUCUGGAGGCGCAGCUGACUGAUCGCUGGGGGCUCGUUAUGGAGGAUUGCCGCGGGCAGGCGCACAAGGUGACCGGGGCGUCGGCCACCAAGAUGAAGGCGGUGGCUGUGCACCUGGUGGAGAAGUACCCGUUGGCCCUCUACAUGCCCUGCUCACGCAUGGCGCUCAACAUCCACCUGGCCAACAGUCUGCCCUUCCCCAACGUGCAGGUGCUCAUGGAGACACUCAGGAGGUUGGCUUCCUUCUUCAAGAGCGCUGCGACGCAUGCCGUGCUGACCGCCCGCAUCUCGGCUCACUACCAGAAAAGCGACGAAAAGGUGGCGGCGCUCCAUCAGGCCUGCGGCCACGGCUGGACCGAGCGACACAACGUCUUCGACGUGCUCCUCGACAUCCUGCCGCCGCUCAUCGCCUGCUUGGACGUCAUCCACAAGAAUGCCGACGGCGCCUUCGAAAGCGAGGUGGCGGUCGACGCGUACUCCCUCGCCGAGACCCUGGCAGACUUUGAGAUGGUGAUGACCGCCGUGGUCCUGAAAAGCGUCCUCACCUUCACGCGGGCGUUCGGCCGGAACCUCCAAGGCGAGACUCUGGACGCCUUCUGCGCCGCAAACAGCCUGACGGCCGUGAUGCACUCGCUCGUGGAGGUCAACGACAACAUCGACGUGUACCACGAGUUCUGGUACGAGGAGGCGACAAACAUGGCCACCUCCAUGGAGAUCCCGGUGCGCGUGCCCAGGCUCUUUGUUCAGCGGCAGCGCGCCGCCGACAUGGGCGAGAUCCAGGCGGAGGCCUACUUCCGCGAGUACGUCACGCUGCCCGUCAUCCAGAGCGUCAUGCAGGAAGUGGAGGAAAUGUUCUCCGAGGUCAACCUCAAAGUCCUCAAGUGCCUGUCGCUGGUGCCCGCCAUCAUGGGCCAGAUGAAGUUCAACACCAGCGAGGAGAACUCGGCCGACGCCUACCGCGCUGACCUGCCCAGACCCGAGACGCUGGCGGCCGAGCUCCACUGCUGGCGCAUUAAGUGGAAGCACCGCGGCAAGGAGGUGCGCCUGCCCACCACCAUCCACGAGACCCUGCAGCUGCCCGACAUCAAGUUUUUCCCCAACGUCAACGCUUUCCUCAAGGUGCUCUCCACGCUCCCCGUGCUUCGGAUGGAAGAGCAGCAGAGCGCCACCGCCGGCGAGCGGCUGCGGGCGUACCUGGACGCCGUGCCCGCCAAGCUCUGGAACCGCAGCCUCGCCGUGCUCAACGUCAACGGCCACGUCAAGCCCGACCUGGACGUCAUGGUGGACAAAUACUGCAGACUCUACCCCGAGGACGAGCCUGAGAUGGAGGCGGAGCCUGAGGAGGAGACGGCGGCCGCCAAAUGAGCCUCAUCCUCCAUUUUGUUUCUGGACUUAAACGUCAUUUUUUCUAUGACCCUUCUGGUGGUCAGUUCAUACAAGUACGGAAGAAAAUCCACAUUGUCCGUUGCCAUGAUUUGAAUUUGUGACUUUAUUGCUGUCGAAAAGCAGGGAGACCACAAGAAGGUGCUGCUGCACCAAUUACACACUUGCCUGCCAGUUUGUGAGGUACAGAAAACUAAGGCAUUACAUGUUUUAGUGAUAUAGGCACAGCAUUUCCCGAACGAGCAAUGAAGUUUGAUCGUUUUAGUAUUGUUAUAGAUGAAAAAAAGAUGUUUCUCAAUAAACUCUGGAUCUCGG